AUGGGGAGCCCCAACCGGCCCCGUGUCCCCGCCGUGGUCACCCAGCUGGGGCUGCUGCUCUGGAAGAACUUCACAUACCGCUGGAGGCGGCGGAGCCAGCUGGCCAUCGAGAUCCUGUGGCCCCUCUUCCUCUUCCUCAUCCUCAUCUCGGUGCGGAGGUCCCGCCCACCCUUCAAGCAGGAUCAGUGCCAUUUCCUCAACAAGGCUCUGCCCUCAGCCGGGCUUGUGCCCUGGUUCCAGGGUUUUGUCUGCAACAUGAGGAACCCCUGCUUUCCACACCCCACGGAGGGAGAGACCCCUGGCCUGGUGAACAACUUCAACAGCUCCCUGCUCUCCAAUCUGCUGUCCGAAACCCAUGACUUUUUGCACAGAAACGAUGGGCUGCAGCUCCUGCAAAGCUUCAAUCGUGCUCAGCCCAUCCUGAUACAGCUCUGGGAGGGCUCAGGGGACGUGGCCAAGGUGCCGUUGGACUUACACAUGCCAAAAAGGGAGAAGGUCUUGAAGUUCCUAGAGAACAAAGUUUCUCUGUCACGGGUGGUGGCAGAAAUCCUGCUGAAGUCUUCAGUCAACCUCCGCAUCCUCGAGAUGAAGGGGCCCACGCUGAAGAGCUUGUUCUGCAACAUUUCCAACCUGAUGCGGGGGGGCGAUCAGGCUCUCAGGGAUGAAAUACAGACAAACCUCUGUAACAUGUCCUACCGCCAGCUCAACGCCAUGGUGCACAUCUUCCUCACCGAGACCAACAUCCCCGGCCUCCUGGCGGACCGGAUGAACUCAAAGGAGCACUUGAUGAAACCCUUGGCCAGAUUCCUGCAGGACUCAGCAUUCAUGUUGGAGGAGAUCUUAUCCAUGUACAGCAAGUUUAAACGGGAGGAGUACGCCCGGGCUCUGAGGUCCCCUGGGGCCAGCACCUUGGAUGCCCUGCAGCUCAUCAUCUGUGGGAGAGCUGGGGGCACGGGGCCGCCUGCCCCCUCCCUCAACUGGUACCAGUACAGUGACAUCAAAGCUCUCCUGAAAAGCAGCAGCAAGAGGCAGAGACCCAGGAAUCGGGAUGAGGCCAGCAGUCCCUUCUGCAGAGAGCUGUUCCAGAAGCUGGAGUCCAGCCCGUUCUCCAGCAUCAUCUGGCAGGCGGUCAAACCCAUCAUCUUUGGGAAGAUCCUGUACACCCCCCCCGGCCCUGGCCCUGACAGCAUCAUGGCCGAGGUGAACCGGACCUUCCAGAGGCUGAUGGCACUGGAAGAGGUGGGAGACAACUGGAAGUCCCUGGGACCCAGCACCUUCUCCUUCUUCAGUGACAGCCUGGAGAUGAAGAUCCUAAGGAACCUGCUGUUGUCCCCGCGCACGGCACAACUCCUGUCCAAGUUCUUCAGCAGCAGCUCCGUGAAUCUGCCCGCGCUGGCCAGGUUCCUGGGGGUGCCGGCGAAGGCCUCAGGAAUCACCUGGAAGGAGGUGUUCACCGAUGUUAAUGCCAUCCUGAGCACCCUUCCAGAGUUCUUGAGGUGUGCCCGCCUCAACAAGAUCGAGGCGGUGGCCACCGAGAAGCAGCUGGUGGCCCGGGCCAUGGAGCUGCUGGAGAUGCAGCAGUUUUGGGCAGCUGUGGUCUUCCAGCCCCCCAUCAAUGCCACGGCCCCCAAGUUGCCCCCCCAUGUCCACUACAAGAUCCGCAUGAACAUCGACAGCGUCAUGAGGACUGAUGAAAUCAGGGACAGGUUUUGGAAGCCAAGCCCCAGUGCUGACCCCUUUGGUGACAUGCGCUACGUCUGGGGUGGCUUUGCCUACCUGCAGGACCUGGUGGAGCAGGCGGUGGUGCGGGUGCAGACCGGGACUCGCCCGCAGAUCGGGGUCUACCUGCAGCAAAUGCCUCACCCCUGCUAUGUGGAUGACAUGUUCCUCCAUCGGCUGAGCCGCUCGCUGCCCCUCUUCAUGAUGCUGGCCUGGAUCUACUCGGUGGCCAUGAUCAUCAAGGGGGUGGUGCACGAGAAGGAGACACGUGUCAAGGAGACAAUGAAGACCAUGGGGCUGAGCAACGGGAUCCUCUGGCUCAGCUGGUUCCUCAGCAGCUUUAUCCUUUUCCUCCUCAGCUCUGCCUUCCUUGUCUUCAUCCUCAAGGUGGGAAACAUCCUGCCCUACAGUAACCCAGCCACCAUCUACCUCUUCAUCAACACCUUCUUGGUGGCCACCAUCAGCCAGUGCUUCCUCAUCAGCACCUUCUUCUUCUGCUCCAACCUGGCCGCAGCUUGUGGUGGCAUCAUCUACUUCUCCCUCUACCUGCCCUACGUGCUGUGUGCUGCCUGGCAGGACUACGUCACCUUCCCAGUGCGCAUCCUUGUGAGCCUGAUGUCACCGGUGGCCUUCAGCUUCGGCUGUCAGUACUUCUCCCUCUACGAGGAUCAGGGGGUGGGCAGCCAGUGGCACAACAUGGGCAGCAGCCCCCUGCCCGGAGACCGCUACAGCCCUGCCACAGCCAUGGGGCUGCUGCUGCUGGAUGCUGCUCUCUAUGGCCUGGCCACCUGGUACAUCGAGGGCAUCUUCCCAGGUCAGUAUGGGAUCCCCAAACCCUGGAAUUUCCCCUUCCUGAAGAGCUAUUGGGUUGGAGAGCCAGAUGAGAAGCCCCCACUCCACACCAUCCCCCUCACUGCUCCUCGAGCACUUGUGGAGAAGCCCCCUGCCCAUCUCCAGCCCAGCGUCUCCAUCCGCAACCUGGUGAAGGUUUACCCGGGCAGCAGCCAUGUGACUGUCAACAGGCUGAGCCUGGACUUCUAUGAGGGGCAGAUCACCUCCUUCCUGGGCCACAAUGGGGCUGGCAAGACCACCACCAUAUCCAUCCUGACGGGCCUCCUGCCCCCCACCUCGGGCACUGCCCACAUCCUGGGCCGGGACAUCCGCUCCGAGAUGGAGAGCAUCCGCAAGACCAUGGGGGUCUGUCCCCAGCACAACGUGCUCUUCGACAUUCUGACAGUGGAGGAGCACGUCUGGUUCUACGGGCGGCUGAAGGGGCUCUCGGAGGAGCAGGUGAAGGCGGAGAUGAAGCAGCUGAUCCAGGACACGGGGCUGCUCCACAAGUGCCGGGAGCCCACCAAGAACCUCUCGGCUGGGAUGCAGCGGAGGCUCUCGGUGGCCAUCGCCUUCGUGGGGGGCUCCCGGGUGAUCAUCCUGGAUGAGCCCACAGCCGGGGUCGACCCCUACUCACGCCGCAGGAUCUGGGAGCUGCUGCUCAAGUACCGCAGAGGCCGCACCAUCAUCCUCUCCACCCACUACAUGGAUGAGGCGGAGCUGCUGGGGAACCGCACGGCCAUCAUCUCCCAGGGACGGCUCUGCUGCUGUGGGACCCCCCUCUUCCUCAAGGCCAAGCUUGGCACGGGCUACCACCUCACCCUGGUGAUGCGCAAGCCGGGCAGGAUGGGUGGCAGCACCAGGAUCACCAGAAAGGACUGGAUCAACUUGGACAAGAGCAGAGACCUGGAGCCAGGCAUCGAGGCCAGCACCCCUGAUGUGGCCCAGGUAUUGGCACUGGUCCAGGAACUGGUCCCUGGCUCCCGGCUGGUGGAGGACAUCGGGCACGAGUUGCUCUUCAUCCUGCCCUACAGCGGGGCCAGGGAUGGGGCAUUUGUCAGACUCUUCCGCAGGCUGGAAGCUGGCAAGGACCCGCUGGGUAUCUCCACCUACAGCAUCUCUGACACCACCCUGGAGGAGGUCUUCCUGAAGGUGACCCAGAACACAGAGCUGGGUGCUGGCACUGCAGAUACCAAGAGAGAAGCAGCAGCCCCCAGCAAGGAGAAGGAUGUGGAAGCAGAGGAAAUAAAGCUGGUGGAGGAGCCCCCGGCCCCGGCCCCGCGGGGGGACUGGGGGCUGCAGCAGCCGUGGGGAAAGGUGAGGGGGGGAGCUCUCCACUGGCAGCAGCUCCGGGCGCUCUUCAUCAAGAGGAUGCUGCACGCCCGGCGCAGCACCCGCGGCUUCUUCGCGCAGAUCAUUCUGCCUGUUGUCUUCGUCUGCUUCGCCCUGUUGUUCAGCCUCAUCAUACCCCCCUUCCAGAAGUACCCACCCCUGCUGCUCCAGCCCGGGAUGUAUGGGAAGCAGUUCACCUUCUUCAGCAACGACCUCCUGGGGAACAACGACAUGGAGCAGCUCCUGGACGCGCUCCUGGACGAGCCAGGAUUUGGCACCAUGUGCAUGAAGGAUGCUGGGAUGGGGAAGAGGCCGUGCCCCCCAGCUUCCCAUCCUGAUGGCUUCGUGGUCCCCUCGGUCCCCCCGGCCCUGCUGGCAGCUUUGCAGACACACAGAUGGACACCAGCUAACCCGUCCCCCCCCUGCCGGUGCAGUGAGCUCUGGACUCAAUGGGUGUUGCCCACCUGCCCCGAGGGGGCUGGGGGGUUCCCACCGCCCCAGAUGGAAAGGGGCACGGGUGACAUCCUGCUGAACCUGACAGGCAGGAACAUCUCUGACUACCUGGUGAAGACCUACCCCCAGAUCAUCCGUGAGGAACGGAAGGAGAAGACGUGGGUGAGCGAGCAGAGGUAUGGGGGCUUCUCUCUGGGCUCCAGAAGCAGCCAGGACAUCCUGGUGCAGGAAGAGGUUGACAAAAUGGUGCUGGAGAUCCGGGACAUUUUCAACAUCACUCCGGGCAGCCACUCAGAAAAGCUCCUGCUCAACUUCAGCCACUUUGUCCUGGACUCAGCAGCUCAAAACACCAUUAAGGUCUGGUUCAACAACAAGGGCUGGCACUCCAUGGUCUCCUUCAUCAACGUGGCCCACAAUGGGCUGCUGCGAGGCUGGCUGCCCCCCGGCACUGACCCCACACUCUACGGCAUCACUGUCACCAACCACCCCCUCGACCUCAACAAGCAGCAGCUCUCAGAGCACUCCCUGUUGCCCACCCGAGUGGAUCUGCUGGUCUCCAUCUGCGUGAUGUUUGCCAUGUCCUUCAUCCCAGCCAGCUUUGUGCUCUUCCUCAUCGAGGAGAGGGUCAGCAAGGCCAAGCACCUGCAGUUUGUCAGUGGGAUGAAGCCCACCACGUACUGGUUGGGCAACUUCGCCUGGGACAUGUGCAACUACCUGGUCCCUGCUCUGCUGGUCAUCCUCAUCUUCCUCUGCUUCCAGCAGCAGUCCUACGUGUCCUCAGCCAACCUGCCCGCCCUGGUGCUGCUGCUGCUGCUCUACGGGUGGUCCAUUACCCCCCUGAUGUACCCAGCCUCCUUCUUCUUCAGCACCCCCAGUACUGCCUACGUGGCCCUGACCUGCAUCAACCUCUUCAUCGGCAUCAACAGCAGCAUUGCCACCUUCAUGCUGGAUCUCUCCUUAGACCAUAAACUCCAUGACAUCAACAGAAUCCUGAAGAAACUUUUCCUCAUCUUCCCACACUUCUGCCUGGCUCGAGGCCUCAUGGACAUGGCAAGGAACCAGGCGAUGGCUGAUGCCUUCAAGAGGUUUGGGAACAAAGGCUUCGUGUCCCCCCUGUCCUGGAAUCUGGCAGGAGCAAACAUGUUUGCCAUGGCCAUUGAGGGCAUCAUCUUCUUUCUCUUCACCCUCUUGCUGCAGUACCGCUUCUCCCCGCGGCCCAAGUCACAGACUCUGCGGCUUCCCCGGCUGUGGAAGGAGGACAGGGAUGUGGCCAGGGAGCGGGCAAGGGUGCAGAGCAUGGCCCCGCAGAGCUCCCUCCUGCUGCUGAAGGACCUGACCAAGGUGUACCGGCACAGGAAGGUUCCGGCGGUGGAGCGGCUCUGCUUGGCCAUCCCCCCCGGGGAGUGCUUCGGUCUCCUGGGAGUGAACGGCGCGGGGAAGACCAGCACCUUCAGGAUGCUGACUGGGGACACUGGGGUGACACUGGGGUGUGCCUGGCUGAAAGGUUACAGCGUGCUCACCAGCCUGCAGCUUGUCCAGCAGCACAUCGGUUACUGCCCUCAGUUCAACGCCAUCACGGAGCUGCUGACGGGCCGGGAGAACCUGGAGUUCUACAGCCGCCUGCGAGGCAUCUCUGAGCAGGACACCCCCAAGGUGGUUCAGUGGGGCCUCACCAAGCUGGGGCUGGAGCUGCAGGCGGACCAGCUGGUGGGCAAGUACAGCAGGGGCAACAAGCGCAAGCUCUCCACAGCCAUAGCCCUGCUCAGCUCCCCACCCAUCGUCUUCCUGGAUGAGCCCACGACGGGGGUGGACCCUCACGCCCGCCGGUUCCUAUGGGACUGCAUCCUCAGCGUCAUCCGGGACGGCAGGUCCGUGGUUCUCACAUCCCACAGCAUGGAGGAGUGUGAGGCACUGUGCACUCGGAUGGCCAUCAUGGUCAAUGGGCGCUUCCGUUGUCUGGGCAGCAUCCAGCAUCUCAAGACCAGGUUUGGGGAUGGCUACACGGUGCUGGUGCGGGUGGGUCUCCCGCAGGCACAGCGGGUGCACCGGCUGCUGCGGGCGCUGUUCCCCGGCAUCGCCCUGAAGGAGCAGCACGGGGGGGUCCUGCACUACCACCUCCCCUCUCGUGUCACCUCCCUGGCCAGAGUCUUCAGCGUCCUGUCAGACUACCGCAGCCGAUACGACAUCGAGGAUUUCUCCGUGUCCCAAACCACCCUUGAUCAGGUCUUCCUGCGUUUCGCCAGGGAGCAGACUGAGGAGGAACCCCAGGAUGCCAGCACCCCAGAGGACAAAUUCCCAGGGAUGCUCAGACGCUGGAGGAGGUGGAUAACAUUCCUGAAGGGCAACACCUCCAAGAACGUCAUCGUCUGAGCAGGGACACAGUGCCCCGCAGACCCCUCCCAGGCCAUCACUGGGGGUCUUGGGGCUCCGUGGCACCCAGCGGGCACGGGGCUCACUGCUUGCUGUAGAAGAGCAAUGAAAUAAAAUCCUGUUA